CAUUGCCGAAAUAUGAUAUACAAGUUUUAUUCCAGUUGUUAAAAAUAAUUGCGAGUAAUUUAGAAAUAUUAUAUUAUUUUAUAAGAAAUAUUUGCAGAUUUCAUAUUUUUUCUAUUACUUCGAAAGAGAGAUGUGUGCUUUAUUAUAGGCAUUUUUAAUUAAAUAAGCAAUGGCAGAAAAUGCUGCUAGUUCAAAUUCAGAGGAAAAUGCUAUUUCCUCAGCUAUGACUCGAUGUUACGAAAACUAUAUCAUUGUUGAUGUUGGUGCCAAUCUUACAAAUAAGAAAUAUAGUCGAGAUUUAGAUAGUGUGAUACAAAGAGCUAAAGAUGCAGGAGUCCAGAAGAUCAUGGUUACAGGUGCAAGUAUUCGUUCUAGUAAAGAGGCUUUAAGACUGACAAGAAUAUAUCCUGGUACGCUUUACUCAACUGCUGGUGUACAUCCGCAUGAUGCAAAAUCAUGGGAAAAUCCAGAUACUUUACAAGAACUUGAAAGUAUAGCUACAAAUCCAGAAUGUGUUGCGAUUGGAGAAUGUGGUUUAGAUUAUAAUCGUGAUUUUUCUGAUCCUGAGACGCAACGUACUGUCUUUCAUAAGCAAGUAGAGUUGGCAUGUCAAUUAAAUAAACCACUUAUAAUACACGAAAGAGCAGCACAGACAGAUGUAUUGGAAGUUCUGAGUCAUUAUAAGAACCGCUUACCACCAGUUUUAAUUCAUUCUUUUAUUGGAACAGCAGAAGAAGCACAAAUUUAUUUGGAUCAAGGAUUUUAUUUAGGAAUAACAGGCUACUUAUGUAAAGAUAAGUCAGAUAGCGGUAUAAGACAGUUGUUAGAAGCAGGUCAGGCACCAUUAGAUAAAAUAUUAGUUGAAACUGAUGCUCCAUUUAUGUAUCCUAAUACAAGAGCUAGUAAAUUACCUGUACGUGUUAAGGAUGCUUUAACUGAACGAUCCAUGACUUUUCUUCAUCGUUAUUGUACUUUUCAACGUAAUGAACCAUGUGCCUUGCCAGCUAUAGUUGAAAUGGUAGCAGCAUUUAUGCAAACAACUCCAGAAGAAGUUGCUUUGGCUACUGCUUUCAAUGCUUUGAAGUUAUUUGGUCUAAAUGCGUGAUUUAAAGAUGAACAAUAUCAAAAUUGUUUUAUAUGGUGGUGCUAGUUGGUGCUUCACAAGGUUUAGAUAUUGGUGCUACUAUAUGGUAUAUCUAUUUUUACUUUAAUAAUCUGAUAUUUAUUAUCUCAAUAUUUACAUCUAAUAAAAUAUUUUGUUGUAAUAGUUAUACAGAAAAAAUGAAAUAUUAAAAAGUAAAAAACUAUUGCAGCACCAAUAUUUAUGCUUAAUUGUUAUUAUGUCCUUUAUAUACACAAUUCUUUCUCUUUAUUAUUCAGAAUAAAAUUAGUCUUCAGAAAUACUGGAAUAAAUAAAAAAAUAGUUUUUACUAGAACAAUGUUGUGGAUUGUUACAUUGUUACUUUCAUACUUUUAAUUAUAUGUAAAUAAAAGUGAACUCGUGGGGCAUAUAUACUCCAAUGAAAUUUAUAUAUAUAUAGUAAUGGUUCUGAAGAAUAUAUAUUUUCAAGAAGAGAAAAAAGUAAAUUUUGUAUUACUACUUCUCAUUAAAAUCUUUUAUCUUAUACAACAUAUGAUUAAAUUUAUUAUUUUGUUUUAAUCUUGUCCAAUGUAUAUACGAAAAUUUUGCCAAGUUCAUAUUUAUAUAUUAAACAAUAUAUCAAUAUAUAGAUUUUAUCUUAAUUAUUAUUAUUAGCAAUAACUUAUAUAUCAUAUAUUUAAUGCUAAUUACCAAACUUCCUUCAUUUGUAUCAAUAUAUUAAUUCUUCGUUUCAAUACUAACAUAAUACAAUACAGUCGUAUAUACAAAUAAGAUCUUAAUUAUAAAAUUCACUUAGAGUUAAAAAAAUAGUUUUUACAUUAACUGUAAUAAAUAUUUAGUUUAUAAUUAUCCUUUUUUUUCUGUUAUAUAAUCUACUAUAAUUAUG